AUGAUCGAAAUUACCGAUGAUGAGGACUGGUUCCACUGCGGUGUCUUAGCGUUUUCUCUUGAAGUUGUCCGCCAGAAAAAUAGUGAUAUUGACGAUCGGAUUUCCGUAGAUGAGGAUUUUAGUAGUCCGAUUAAUAUCAAACUAUCUGAAACUCAACAAAUGAUAAUCGAUGAGGAACCUGAAGAAAUUGAUGCAGAUGUCGUAACUCCGAAUUUUUCGAAUGAUCAUUUUCUUCAGCCAAGAAGAUGUUCAAUGAGACUAGCUGUUCUAGAAAUAGAAAGACAAGAAACUGCCAUGAAAAAGAAAGAAGAAAGUAAACGACAGAAAAUUAAAAAAACAAAAGAACGGAAGAAGCAUGCAAUUCAAGCUGCGAAAACUCGUAAACAACGGAACGAGAUCGAAGAGGCUUCUCAAGCUCUUCUCCGAUGUUUCCGUUUGGUUGGAAACGCAAAAACCAAAAACGGGAAGCGUAAUAUUUCUGUAUGGGAGGAUCUCCAUUUAUCUUCGUGUGAAUUUCUCAACUUUAUUUCUGAUACGAAAUCCCUUGAGAAGUCAAAGUUUCAAAUUUUUCUUGUUAAUGGAUGUUCCGCUUUGAAAAACACAAUGCUGGCUGCCAGGCCUAGAACUGAGGAAACGCAUCAACUUAUGCUUGGAUUCAUAGUCAGUCUUUACAAGGCUUAUGAUGUGGCUCUACGUACUGGAGUGAUAACUGUUGGAGGUGAUCUCUCGAGGUUAUUAGAACAAGUAUUUGGAAAAUAUUUGUCAACUCCGAAGUGGAUGUCUCCAACUCAUGUACCUUGGAUCCAGACAAAGAAUAUUUUCAAACUUUUACUUUCGAUUAUCGAGAUUCCUGAGAUAAUUUACGACUUGAUUGAUCUGCUGUGUAAAAUGCAAAUUAAUGUCAACCGGAAAUCGUUAGAAUACAAAGAACAUGAUGAAAGCUUCAAGGCGUAUGCUGCAACCCAGAUCAACCAUUUCUACACAAUUCUUGCUAAUCGAGUGAUGUUUUUAGAUAAUCAACAGAGAUAUAGCAAUUGAUUAUAAUCUGAUGAAUAGUGUUUUUAUCAUCAUUUGUAUUUUAUCAGUUCUAGAAUUUUGGAAUUUUUCAUGCUCCCGUUACCUUUUUAAAACUUUUAGUUUAUCUAUCAUGUACUAUUUUUCAAAAAUUGCCCAGAUUAAAUGUUUAUUUUAAA